AUGCCAUCAACCACAAGCUCGAACCUAUCACCACCACCGUCUGUGCACUCAACCCUCCAGCUGCCAGGUGCGUCUGAUCCCUACAGGUUGCCAACAUGGUCAUCUGGUCCGGGUCUGGUCCGCGAUCCCCGCAUGUCUUCGACACAGUCAUUGGCUAUAGAAAGGCGCAAGUUGCUGGUCAUCUACAUCCACGGCUUCAUGGGCAACGAUUCGUCAUUCCGCUCGUUUCCCGCACACGUGCAUGCUUUUCUCAAGGAGGCACUGGCCGAGACUCAUGUCAUUCACACCAAGAUCUACCCCCGGUACAAGACAUACAAGUCUAUCGAGGUGGCCUGCGAGAACUUCAGCAAGUGGCUGAUGCCUCAUGAAUCGCCCACCACCGACGUGGUAUUGGUAGGGCAUUCCAUGGGAGGGCUUCUGGCUGCCGAUAUUGUCUUACAUGACGCACCACCAAGCGGAGGACCUCCUUUCCGUCACCGGAUCCUAGGGAGCAUUUCUCUCGACGCUCCCUUACUUGGCCUUCACCCUGGUAUCGUUGUAUCCGGCAUCGCCAGUCUCUUCAGGCCCUCACCUCCACCCCCUACAGCACUAGAUAGGACAUCUUCAGACUCAGUGAUACCCAGGGAUAUUGCACCAUCACCAUCAGGUCGUCUAUCUCCCGAUGCCUCAAUCUACGAGCAAAUCCGGCCUCCCUCAGGGGCACCUUCCCCUACACUCGGACAAUAUCACUUCCCAUCUCCACCUGCAGCCACAGAACCGGACCCAACCUACAACCCAACCUUCUUCAACGACGUCGCCUUCAUCGAUCGCGGCUGGAUCAAGAACAUAGCCCACUUUGCCCAAAAACACAAGCAAGAGAACCUCUUUGAAGCAGCAGCCAGCCACAUCGUCUCUCAUCUUGAAUUCGGCGGCUGCCUCGCCGAUUGGAACGGCCUAAAGACCAGGUACAAAAGACUCCGUCAACUAGAAGACAUUGACGACAUAGCCCACCCCGAACUCGGCCCCAGAGUCAGAUUCGUAAACUACUACACCGUCUCCACCGGCAUCCCAAAGAAGCCACGAAAACCCGGCACCCCCGACAAUGGCCUUCUCAGACCGUCAACCUCGUCACCGAUACAAUCAGGGGUGUCCACCCCCAGGAUUUCAAUAGAAGACCACAGCGAGGCAGGCAGAGCUGCAGAGAUUCUUCAGGUCUUGGACCCAACACCAAUACCUGAAGAAGAACCCCUGGAGGAAGAACCGCAAAAAGAGGAAUCUUCCUCCCCGACACCACCAGAACCAACCCAGCCACCACCACCUCCACCAGAAGAUGACACCCUCCCCCCCAUCCCAGAUGAACCAACCCCACCUACCCCCCCGGAUCUUGAUUCCCUCCCCGACAAAGAAACCCGCAAACAAGCAGAAAAGGCUUACAAGCAGACCAAAAAGACAUACGAAGAAGCGGUCAAAUCCCGGUCCAGAGCCAUAAAAGCCCGGGAGAAGGCCAUUGCUCAAAAAGCCAAAGAAGAAGAAAAGCUCCGAGCCCAAAAAGCCAAAGAGGCGGAAAAGCAAGCCAAAGCCGAGGCGAAAGUCCGAGAAAAGGAAGAGAGACUACGCCAAAAGGAGCAGGACCGUCAGCAGAGGAAUAAACUCCACAAAACCUCCUCUUUGGAUCAACAAGAAGAAGAUGAUGAAGAAGCAGGUGGGAAGAAACGGCUCGGGAAAUUCUGUCUUUUGCCUAGGGAACGGGACGACAAGUGCUGGGUUCAGGUCUACAUGCGGGAUGUGGACGAGGUGGGGGCUCAUUGUGGACUGUUUUUUGACACGGCGCCGCAUUAUGAGCUGCUGGUGGGGGAUGUGGGGGAGAUGGUGGCUGGUUGGGUGAGGGAGGAUGGGACGAGGAGGGUUGUUUUGGGGGAGGAGGGCGAGGAUUUGGAUUAG